UACUGGAUGCAAACAAGCGACUUUUCCCGUUACAGGGUCACGAACACGCAGAGAAUCCGUGUCUUUUCUUGUUUUACGAUUAAAACAACGAAGACUAUCGAAAACAGACAAUGAAAACUGUUUUCCACAAUGGAAAAAGUCGCUCGUCUGAAUCCAGCCGUAACGAUGAAAAGAAGGCGAUCGUGAUUCGUGAGCCUUUCCAAAUAAAUAAGAUGCAUGUAAAGAACUCGUAAAUACAAACAUUAGUUAGGUUACUCUUCCUCAUUACUAAUCCAGUAUCAAUCCUCUAAUACAAAAAAAUAGUGACUUAAAUGCUUAACGUCACUUAUUGUAACGUUUUAAAAAUCAUUGAUAAAACGAAUGAAUUUGUGCAAAACAGUUUGUAAUUUAACUUGAAACUAAGAACUGUUUAUGUCGGUUUAUACUUAAUCAGUAAAACAGGAUGACGUCACGAGAAAUAUUAACUAUACAGUUUGGUCAUUAUUCCAAUUACAUCGGAACUCAUUGGUGGAACUUACAGGAAUCUAAUUUCUCUUACGACCCCCAUAGUCCAUCCGAGAUAAAUCACAAUGUUUUUUACAGAGAAGGAGAAAACUAUAAGAAACAAAUCACUUAUACUCCCAGACUUCUACUCGUCGAUUUAAAAGGAGCGACUGGAUAUUUGAAAGAGGAAGGUACUUUGUACGAUAUUUCGCAACACGUAAAAACAGAGCCCCUGUGGGACGACAAAAAAGUGGAAGUUACGGAGGAAGAAACAGCUGCUGCAACUCCGUUUAUUAAAAGUUUAGACGAGCCCAAUGAAACUUCCGAAUCGACGUCUUUUAAUUUAGAAGAUGAUGUUAAUUCGUGGGUGGAUUACCUUGUGCCCAGAUUUCAUCCCAGGACACUGAACAUAAUUAAACAGUAUAAACACGAUUGUGCAACGAAUGCAUUUGAUACUUUUACAUAUGGACAGAGCCUAUGGAAUACUAAACAAUUUUCCGAGGAUUUUUCUGAAAGAAUAAGAAGCUACGUCGAAGAGUGUGAUUCUAUGCAAGGUUUUCAGGUACUUCUAGACUCUGUGGAUGGUUUUGCUGGGCUCGGUGCAUCCUGUAUACAAUAUUUACAAGACGAAUAUAAGAAAAGCAUACUAUCGUUCCCAUGUAUGGACAGUAAGAAGACCGAACCCUCUAAAUCCGAUUUGACUAAAGCUCUAAACAUGGCUCUGUGUUGGCAACACAUAGGAGAAUACUCUUCGUUGUACAGUCCACUUUCUUGUAGCCAAACAGUCUCAUCUACAGUCGGGGAUUCACGAGUAUUCGGUCAUUUGACAUACAAUUCUGACUUAAAGUAUCACAGCAGCGCGCUUCUAGCAACUGCUCUGGACACGUUAACCAUAAGGUAUAGACGCAAAGAGUAUCCAAACGUCGUUCUAUCCGACUUGUGCGCGGAUCUAAAUAAACUAGGCAGAAAAGCAGCGGCGACGAGUCUAUCCUUGCCCUUCCCAAUGAUUGAAAAAAUGGAUUUGAUCGACGUGCUGGACGACUUCACAGGAACAUUGUGGACAAGUUUGACACCAAGUUGUGAUAUACCAAUGGACAAAAAUAUGCAAAGUGUAGCGUUACGGGGCGUUCCUGAAGAGAGAUUGAAACGACCCUCUUCCCACGCAAUGAAGCAAAUGGCAAAGCCUGCAUACAGAUGCUCCAGCGUACACGAAAUGAUGAUGCUUUAUUUGGCUUGUACCUGCCAUGCAUCAGCGACCUACUUGUCAACCACUUCGUCACCACUGAAGAUAAAGGAUCCGUACCCAAAAAUCUUCAACAACGACGUUACUGAAACUGGAGACAUCAUUGGAUGGCCUGCAGGAUCAGGUGUCAAGUCUGUUCCUGUAAUGGCUGGUGUGCACACCGGAAGUAGCCUCUCGACAAUGUACGAAUCCUUGCACGACCAAGUGGCCAGAAUAAGGACCAUAAAAAAAUUCCACGCGUUCACAGAGUCUGGCUUCGAGGAGGACGAGUUCAAGGAAUGCCUGAACCAUCUGCUAGACUGCAAAGAAAAUUACGAAGAUCGUUUCUACGUCUGAACGAUGUCGAUUGAUUCAAAUACUCGA